GCAACAAAGAUUUAAUGAGGCAUUGUUAUUUCUCACGUAACAAACAAGAAUAAACAGCAUACUUAAUUAAUAUCUACGUUGUUUUCCGGAAUUAUUUAGUCAUGGAUGACUGGAGAAAAACAAUGAAAGAUUUUCUGUUUGAAGUCAGUAGCCUAGUUAAUAUAGAGGAGACUAGUUUAUCCAAGUGGAUCUACAAUGAGGGAAAAGAUCUGGAUGUUGGUGAUUGUGUCCGAGAUUUGGUGAUACUGAUUCGAAUACUCUUGGAAAAAUUUCCAUCAAAAAAAUCAGAUGAAGAUACCGAAGGAAAAAAAGAUGAGAAUAGAUCUGCAGAUAAUGAACUUCAUAAGCAAUUAGAAGAAUAUGAAGAUCAUUAUUUUAAAUUAAACGAAUUAAUUUAUAAAUUAAAAAAUCAAUCUGUGAAUCAAACAGAACUCUUAAAAAGAUGCGUCGAUUCUCUAGUGGAAUUGGGCAGCAAACAUGACGAAUUUCUUCAAAAUGUAACUCAGAAGUAUCAAAACAUGGAGCGAGAGAAACAACAGACUGAGCUGAAGCUGGCAAAAAUGGAAAAGUUAUACGCCUCCACUUUAGAAAGAUUGUCUUCGGUUGCAGAUAAUUUAAAAGAAUUUCAUGAUAAAUUGUUCGAUAAAAAUGAAAUCGCUAUGGAAAAAACCGAUUUCACGAAACAAAGUCAAGAACCACCUCCAGUAAUCAAUUCAGAGAACUGACCAUUUGCUAAGG